CUCGAAUUUUUCUCGAAUUUAUUCCUUUAUUUUUUAUUUUCCGCGUGCGAAAGUGGUCCAAAAAUAUUCCUAAAAUUUUUUUUAAAAAAACAGCAAUCAUUCGGCGUCGGAAAAUCGGGAUUCGGAUUGAUUUCCAAGGUUGAACCAUGCCUGCCAAAACGAAGUCUUCCACAGCAAAGCAAAGCGCAAAACUGGGUCCGGGGGGAGCUGAGCCCCUGGAUGAGUCUGACAACGAAAUGGAUAUCCAACAAAAGGCAACCGCACCAAAUGUAGAUGAAACUACAAGCGAUGUUGUCUCAGAAUCACCAGUUGAACCAAUAGAUAAUCGAAGCUUGGAAGAAAUUUUAGCUGGCAUAUCUCCUCCUCCACCCCCAGCAAUGACCAAUGAACCUGGAGCUCCUCGCCUCAUGAUAACACAUAUAGUGAACCAAAAUUUCAAAUCCUAUGCAGGAGAACAAAUCCUAGGUCCUUUUCACAAGAGGUUUUCUUGUAUUAUUGGACCAAAUGGGAGUGGGAAAUCAAAUGUGAUUGACUCAAUGCUGUUUGUUUUUGGCUACCGGGCCCAAAAAAUUCGUUCUAAAAAAUUGUCUGUGCUCAUUCACAAUUCCGAUGGACACAAAGACAUUCAGAGCUGUACUGUUGAAGUUCACUUUCAAAAAAUCAUUGAUAAGGAAGGUGAUGAUUUUGAAGUUAUUCCAAAUAGCGAGUUCUAUGUUUCAAGAACUGCCCACAAGGACAAUUCAUCAGUUUACCAUAUUAAUGGAAAGAAAUCGACAUUCAAAGAUGUAGGAAUUUUGCUUCGCAGCCAUGGAAUUGAUCUGGAUCACAACAGAUUUUUGAUUCUUCAGGGUGAAGUGGAGCAAAUUGCAAUGAUGAAGCCAAAAGGCCAAAAUGAGCACAGUGAGGGUAUGCUGGAAUAUCUAGAAGACAUAAUUGGAUCCGGGCGAUUGAAAGAACCAAUCCAGGUCCUCUGUCGCAGAGUUGAGAUUUUGAAUGAACAGAGAGGAGAAAAGCUUAAUAGGGUUAAGAUGGUGGAAAAAGAAAAGGAUGCAUUGGAAGGAGAAAAAAAUCAUGCAAUUGAGUUUCUUGCCUUGGAAAAUGAGAUUGUGAAGAAAAAGAAUCGUGUCUUGCAAUAUUACAUUCAUGAUGUGCAGAAAAGGAUAGCCGAUAUGGGAGCACAGAAACAAAAAAUCCAUGAAGACACGCAAGAUAUCCGUGACAAAAGUGUCAAAUUUGUGGAAGACAUAAAAGUCAAAAAUAAUGCUUUGAAGCAUCUUGAAAAGAAACUAGGAAAGAUUACAAAGUUCAUUGAAGACAAGAAGGAAACAUUUUCACAGUUUGAUUUACAAGAUGUCAAAGUCCGAGAAAAGCUGAAACAUUCAAAGAGUAAAGAGAAGAAACUGCAGAAGCAACUACAAAAAGAUAUGGAGAAGCUAGAGGAGUUGAAGAAUGUACCUGGUGAUAGUGAGAAGACCAUCAAAGAAGCAACAGCUAAAAAAGAACAGCUUGAACAGAAUAAAGUGAAGGAGGAAGAGAAGCUAAGGAAAGUGAUGGACAGUCUCAAACAGGAGACAAAGGGAUUGCAAGAAGACAAAGAGGUGAAAGAGAAGGAGCUUAUGGAGUUGAGUAAAGCUGUAAAUGAGACUAGAUCAAAGAUGGAUGUGGCUCAGUCAGAAUUAGAUAUCUACCUCAGUCGCCACAAAUCUGCUUUGGGCCAACUGAACCAGGCUAAAGAAGCCCUGGCUACUAAUAUUAGUACACUUAAAGAAAGGAAAGCAACAAUUAAAGAACUGGAAAGCAAAAUACCACAGAGUGAGCAAGAACUGCAAAAGGAUGAAAAGGAACUUGAAAAAAUAACCCAAUCUGAAGCUCUGAUCCGGGACAGCGUUUAUCAACUGCGACAUAAAUUUGAAGAAGCAAAGAGUUCCCUAACAGUAAAUCGCAGCCGGGGUAGAGUUUUGGAGGCGGUAAUGCAGCAGAAGAACACUGGUAAAAUCCCUGGAAUCUAUGGAAGAUUGGGUGACUUGGGUGCUAUUGAUGAAAAGUACGAUGUUGCUAUCUCCUCCAGUUGUGGUGCCCUGGAUAACAUUGUUGUAGACACAAUCGAUACUGCUCAAGAGUGUGUUAAAUUCCUGAAGAAACAAAAUAUUGGGGUAGCAACUUUUAUUUGUUUAGAUAAGAUGAAAGUUUGGGAACGAAGCAUUGGCAAGAUCCAAACUCCAGAAAACGUUCCCCGCCUAUUUGAUAUGGUCAAAAUAAAGAAUGAGGCUAUACGUCCAGCAUUUUACUUUGCACUUCGUGAUACACUUGUUGCUAAGGAUCUAGAACAGGCAACACGUGUGGCAUUCCAGAAGGACAAGCGCUGGAGAGUGGUAACAAUGCAGGGGCAGAUAAUAGAGCAGUCAGGUACCAUGACUGGUGGCGGAGGAAAAAUUAUGAAGGGUAGAAUGGGAUCUUCAUUAGUUGUGGAAACUACUCCGGAAGAGAUGGACAAGAUGGAGGCUAAAUUGCAGAAGGAUUUAGCAGUGGCACAAAAAUAUCAAGAACAGAAAGGACAUUUGGAAGAAAAAGUGAUUAAGGAACGGCAGAACAUUCGGGAGAUGAAAAAUAUUCUGGAAAAGUACACAGCAAGCAUUCAGGGCCUGACUGAGCAGCAAGUUCACUUGACAGUUCAAGUGAAGGACUUUGAAGCAAAUGUGGCAGCAGCAGCUCCUGAUCAGAAGAAACAGAAAGAGCUGCAGAAAACACUGGAAGCUUUUAAGAAAGAGUAUGAAAAUGCUGCAGCAAUGGCUGGUAAAGUUGAGGCAGAGGUUAAACGGUUGCACACACUCAUUAUUGACAUCAACAAUAAAAAGCUUAAAACGCAACAGGAUAAGCUAGACAAAAUUAGCAAAGAAAUUGAUGAUUGUGCCUCUUCCAUUACAAAGGCCCAGGUUGCUAUCAAAACAGCAGGAAGGAACUUUAAAAAGGCAGAAGAAGCAGUGAAUCGAUCUGAAGAAGAAAUUGAAGAGAACAAAAAGGAGAUUAAAGAUCUAACAGAAGAAUUAAAGCAAGUGGAGGAAAAGGGUGCCGUUGUACUGAAAGAAUGCACUGAAGCUCAGGAAUCAUUAGUAACAGUGACUGAGGAACAUAAUUGUUUAUUUCAAGAGCUGAAAGCAAUUCAGGAAGAACAGCAAGCACUUCAAAAAGAAACUCUCAAUAUACGACUGAAGUUGGAACAGAUAGACGGGCACAUUGCAGAGCACCAAUCAAAGAUCAAAUUCUGGCAAAGAGAAGUAUCAAAACUUUCUUUACAUCCUGUUGACAAACCAGCAGAUGAACUUCCAGAAUUGAGUGAGGAAGAUCUAAUGGAAAUCAAAAAUCCAGAUGAUAUAAAUAAUCAGAUUGCAUUACUAGAGGCUAAAUGUCUGGAAAUGAAACCAAACUUAGGUUCUAUUGCAGAAUAUAAAAAAAAAGAAGAGUUAUACCUACGCCGUGUGGCAGAGCUGGAUGAAAUCACUAAUGAACGGGAUAUGUUUAGACGUGCCUUUGAAGACUUGAGAAAACAACGUCUUAAUGAAUUCAUGGCUGGGUUUAAUAUGAUCACCAAUAAGUUGAAAGAGAAUUACCAAAUGCUUACACUGGGUGGGGAUGCUGAGCUGGAGUUGGUGGACAGUCUGGAUCCCUUCUCUGAAGGAAUUAUGUUCAGUGUACGUCCGCCAAAGAAAAGCUGGAAAAAAAUUUUCAAUAUUUCAGGUGGAGAGAAGACUCUUAGUUCUCUGGCUCUGGUUUUUGCACUUCACCAUUACAAGCCUACUCCUUUGUACUUUAUGGAUGAAAUUGAUGCAGCCCUGGAUUUUAGAAAUGUUUCAAUUGUUGCUCAUUAUAUCUAUGAACAGACCAAAAAUGCUCAAUUCAUCAUAAUUUCUUUGAGGAACAAUAUGUUUGAAAUUGCUGAUAGGUUGGUUGGAAUCUACAAGACCCACAAUACAACAAAGAGCGUUGCAACCAACCCCAAAGUCAUCAGUCUUCAAGCGCUUCCUGAAGUAAUCAGUACAGCUUGAGUCUAAUUGAUAGAAAUGCUAUCAGCUUUUUUAAUAGAUUGAUUUUUUUAAAAAUAAAUUAUGCUUCUGACCUUUUUUAUGCCACCACCUUUAUGGGAGUUCAUUACAACAUAAAGUGGUAGUGUAAACCCUCUGGCAUGAGCAUGGAAUUUAGUUUCUAAGCUUCUUGCAAUGUUACUCCUUAUACAUAACCCAAAUUCUAAUAGAUAUUAUUUUUACUGUAUACAUUUUGUAUGUGAGCAGGAUAAAUACUGUUUUAAUGUACUAUAGAUAGCUGAAUACUUUUUAUAUUAAAAAUCAUUGUCAAAACA